ACAACGCUUGGUAGGGGGAUAGAUCUGGAUACGACAAGGUUGAGAUAAGUGAGAAGACUACCGUAACCGGUUUUGUAGCUCAUGUCUUCACUUGUCUACGAGAUUCCACCAACUGUGAAGUGCUUGACAUUAAUUAAGCACAUUCAUUUGAUUAUUUCAUUGAUGGCCUACAAUGCAAACUAAGAAGAAACAAAGAACACCAUGUUGUCCAGGACUAACUUAGCUUACAACAUCCGUGUCAUUCUGCCAUCAGUACCGACAUGUGUAGAAGCAAGCCCAAGAUCAACCUCAAUAUGUUCAAGAUGGCUUAUUCCCAUAAAACUAGGGCAUCGUUUUCACAGCCAGUUGCAUUCACAACCAAGUGUAGUGAUCAACAGAUGCCUGUGCAGGAAACAUCCUAGGGCAUCACUAUGGCAAUCUUUGAAACCAUUCCGUCAUAAAAGCAAUGUUUCUAACCCUUCUGCGAAAGUACGUAAAUGGCCAAAGCGUUUUUUAUUGACUCUUGGAAUCAGUUCAGGAGUGAGUGGAACUUAUUAUGCAUAUUUGGAAGAGAAAGAGCGGAGGAAAAUACGGGUCACAAUUGGUGGAUUUAGGCGAUUCUGGAGGUCUUUAGUGAUUGGUACUUUGAUCUCUCUGGACUACAAAUGGUCACUAUGGAACCUGGAUGAGGAUGGGGAGGAGUAUAAUGGAGCGAUCAAAGGAUGUCAUCGACGGGCUGCUGAGAGGAUGUUGCUCGGCUGCUUACAAAACGGAGGGCUGUAUAUAAAACUUGGACAGGGUCUUGUGUCUCUGAACCACAUCCUACCUCGAGAGUAUGUCGAUGUGUUGGUUGCUCUGCAGGAUAAGGCGCUGGCACGGGGACCACAUGAGGUUGAACAACUGUUUAUAGAAGAUUUUGGAAAGACUCCUAAGGAAAUGUUCUCUGAGUUUGAGGAGGAACCAAUCGCUGCUGCCAGUCUUGCUCAAGUCCACCGAGCGGUCACCCAUGAAGGAGAGAGGGUAGCAGUGAAGGUACAGUACAUUGACCUGCGUGAUCGCUUCAGUGGAGAUAUCCGAACUUGUGAGAUCCUGCUGCGUCUAGUUGGCUGGAUUCACCCCAAGUUUGCCUUUGCCUGGGUCAUAAAGGAUCUGAAGGUAACGUUAGCUCAGGAGCUGGACUUUGUGAACGAGGGUGGUAAUGGUGAGAGGUGCCAGAAGGAUUUACAACAUCUUAAGUAUGUCUACGUCCCCAAGGUACACUGGGAUAAAACAAGUAAGAGAGUCCUCACAGCUGAAUACAUCGACGGAUGCAAGAUCAGCAACAUCGCUGAAAUCAAGAACAUGGGUCUAUCAUUGAAAGAUGUAGAUACCAAGCUGGUCAAAUGUUUCUCGGACCAGAUUUUCCUGUCUGGGUUUGUCCAUGCUGACCCCCACCCUGGUAACGUGUUUGUACGGCGGUCGAAACACGGCGGUGCUGAGUUGGUGCUAUUAGAUCAUGGUCUCUACGACUCCCUGACACCUCCUCACAGGGAGGCCCUCUGUUAUCUGUAUAAAGCCAUUGUGAUGAAGAAUGAACAAGACAUGGAAACAUACUCCAAGAAUCUAGGUGUUGAAGACCAUGGUGUCUUCUGUGAGAUUCUGGUACAACGCCCGAUAGCACGCAAGACGCUUUACUUGCCGAGUCGAAUGACAGAAAGAGACUUGGAACAUAUGCGAGUGAUGGCAGGCCAACACUUUGACAAAAUUAUGGCUGUGCUGAAAAGUAUGCCACGAAGUCUGUUGUUAGUCAUAAGGAAUCUUAACACCAUAAGGGCAAUCACAAGAGAACAUGGCCACCCAGUUGACAGAUAUGGCAUCAUGGCUCGCAGCGCCAUAUCAGGGACAGCCCGGCAGCUGACAGGCCGUUUAAAUGUUCGUGGGCAGCUUAGGGCAUGGUGGGAGAGGUGUGUGUUCGACAUCCGUAUCCACACUGAGAAUGUCAAACACAAACUGACAGUGUUUCUGGCUUUGCCUCCUCCUCGAAAGUGCUGGAGUUUCUGGGCAGAGCACCUUCCUCAAGUCCAUCAAACAGAUUGA